AAAACCAGAGAAAACUGAAUUUGUUUAUGAAUACACAAGAAGAAGACGUGAUUUUGGAAAACAAACAUUAUUCGAAGACUAUGGACCAAUUAUGACGGUUAGCAUUGUCAGCAAUCAAGCUCUUUAUAACAAUUACAUUCUCAGGAAUCCCGUGCAUGUCGGAAUCCAAAAUACCGGCACAAUGUCCGAGCACUGGGUUAAUUCAGUCAGAGCUGAGUACACCAGUUCUGGUAUAAAUCACGUGGAAGGCGGAUGGCCUAAAGAUAUAAACAUGAACGACCCCGAAGCUGUUCAGCGUUACCGUCGUAAAAUUGAAAAAGACGACGCAUAUAUUCACGCUGUUAUGCAUUUAGGUCAUGGUAUGGAACACAACAUCCUUCAGAACAACGCUAUAGAUAUGUUCGAGUCUUAUUACUCUGAUGUUCCCGAAAUACCUCCGGUCGAGAAGAGUAGUUGUCACACUGUGAACGUCUACCGAGAGCCUGGAGCCAGGAGGCCCGUUCGGUCGUUGUCGUGGCAAGCCGACGGCGGAGCAAGAUUUGCAGCUGCUCAUGCUGACGUCGAAUUAAUGAGAAGCUGUCGAAGCUCACAGUUUUCUUACAUUUGGGAUAUUGAGAAUGCAAACGCCCCGGAAUUGGUAAUAAAGCCGCCACAGCCGUUAUUGGAUUUGCAGUACAACCCUCGCGACCAACAUAUUCUUGUAGGGGGGAUGAUGAACGGGCAGGUUGGUUGGUGGGAUGUUCGGAAAGGCGGAGAUCCAGCUGGCCUAUGUCUUCCGCACGUAGCACAUCGUGAUAUAGUUCGUAAUGUUCUGUUUAUCAACUCGAAAAUCGGAGCAGAAUUCUUCUCCUCGUCGCCCGACGGGGUUGUGAAAUGGUGGGAUACGCGAAAUAUGAGUGAACCGACUGAUUCAAUGAUUAUCGACAUUGUAAAAUCCGCAACAGACACGCAAAAUAUCGACAAUGCAAUCGGGAUCUCAGCUCUUGAGUACGAACCAACAAUACCAACUAGAUUUAUGGUUGGCACUGAAACUGGUUUGGUCAUCGGAGGAAAUCGUAAAGGAAAAAAUCCCUUAGAAAAACUUCCCUCUAAAUACGAAGCUCACUUGGGACCGGUUUACGCUCUUCAGAGAAACCCAACAUUCCUCAAGAAUUUCUUAACAGUGGGCGAUUGGACAGCUCGGGUUUGGAGCGAGGAUUGCAGGGAGUCCUCUAUUUUGUGGACAUAUUCGCAUCGCACGAAACUGACUGAUGGCGCAUGGAAUCCCAUUAGGUUUUCUUUAAUGCUUGUGACUCAGUGGGACGGAUGCCUGUCCUGUUGGGACUUGCUGAGGAGACGCAGCGCGCCCAUUGUCACUGCGCAGCUUUGCGACGAGCCCUUACUGCGCCUUCGACCACACGAGGGGGGUCUUCUAGUCGCUUGCGGCAGCAGCAAAGGCACUGUAUACCUAGCAGAACUGUCACAAAAUCUCGGAACAGCUGACAAGAACGACAAACAAUUGUUGACACACAUCUUCGACAGAGAAAAUAAACGCGAACGUAUACUUGAAGCACGUAUGAGAGAGCUCAAGUUAAAAAUGAGACAGGACCGCGACGGCGGGCCACAGAACCAGGAGAACGACGCUUCGACAAACGACAGGGAUUUAGAGGAAGCGACUGCCGAAUACGUGCAGACUAUAAGCGACUUACAAGCUCAACAAAAGUCCCAAUCCAAUUAGAGUAUUCGAGGAAUAAUAUAAAAUUUUAUUAAUGCAGCUAUCG